AUGAUUAGCGGGUUUUAAACAGGAAGAAAUUAAAAAAUAUAGCUAGUUGAAAAUGAGAAAUGCAAUAAGAUUGUCAUCCAAUUUGAAGAUCUGUCAGAGGAAGAAGAAGUCUAUAAAUCAGACAAUAAGCCAACAAAGAAUGAUUUAAAUUUACUAAAUUCACUUUCAAAAGAAGCUAUUAAAAUAAACAAUUAACUUUACCAUCCUAGUAAAUUCGCUGAACAAGAUUUUAAAUUCAUGAGUAAAAAUCCAAGAGACUCACUCUCAGAAAAGAAAAUUUCAUAUUAAACAGUGAUCAUGGCAGAUGAGAUAUAAAAAGAAAUCAUCACACCAAUUAAAAAAAAAGAACCUAAUACCAAUAAUGAGAUAUUUUAGAUGAACACCAUAUUGCUUUCAAAAAUUAGCAAAUUGCCUAAGUGUUUAAUUGGAGAAAAAUUUUAUGAACUCUCAAAACAAUUUAUGAAGAAUUCUUAAUUGAAAUUUAGUUCAUUUAGUAGGUUAUAAAAAAUACCUUAGGAAUUUGAUUGGAAAUUAAUUAAGGAAUAUUUUAAGCAAUAUGAUGCUGAAAAAGAUUGGUUAUAUGAGCAAGCAAAACUAGUAUUUUGGAAAUUAUAAUCUAAAAAUAAUUACACUGAUUAAAAAUUAAUUUUAGAGUUAGAAUAUCGUUAUUUUAUUUAAUAUAGAUUAUAAAGUCGAACUAUAAUUCAAGAGAUUUGGACAAAUGAUUAAUCAUUAAAUCAACAUAUGAUUUUAUUGGUCGUUGCAAUAGAGUAAUAUUAAGGGAAAAGGAUUUUAGAGUUAUCUGAUGGGUGGUAUUCAAUCUUCUUUAUUUGUGAAUAAAGUUAUGAAUAAAUAUACAAUAAGAUCAAAAUUGGACAAAAAUUGCAUUUAACAAAUUUAAAAGAAUAUCCUAUUAUAUUUAAUACUUCUAAUGUUAAAAUAAUAACAUAAUAUCCUUUUACUAAAAUGAUGGUUACUACUAAAAUUAAUUCAAUAAAAAAAGCUUAAUUAAAUACCAAAUUAGGAAGGUAAUAAUAAAAGUUCUUUCUUCGAUCACUCAAAAGUCUGAGGAAUGGAACCAUUCCAUGUAUUGAUGUCUUUAUAGUUUCUAAAUCUUAUUUGAUAAAUAUAAAUCAAAAAAAUUAACGUAAAGCCAUACAAUUCAACUCUGAAACUGAAAAUGAAGAGGAAAUACAAAAACUCAAAAAUUCCAAUCUAUGCUUUUGGAUUACAGUUAUGGAUAGUUUAAACUAUUUUGAUGAAAGGAAGUCUAAAAUAACUGAAUUAAAAGAAAUAUUAGUCUACAUUAAUGACCCAUUAUAAUAUGAAAUGAUAUCCGUGGGUUAGAGAGUGUAAAUUAUUAAUGCAAUACAAUUCAACUCAGAUAUCAGUGUAAAAUUAACUAAAUCCUCGGGAAUUCUAUUUGAAUUAUAACAAUAUUAGGACUACUUCAACAAGUUGUAAAUUCUCAGUAACAGACAUGAGAUUUAAAUCAAGGUCAAUAACCAUAUAAAACUGGAACAAAUGGAUGUAAUUGAAGGGAGUAAUGAUCAACAUUAGAGUGUGAAAAUAGAAAUAUAAAAUAGUUUUUUUGGGGAAAUUUUAAAAGAUUAAUAAAUGAAAAUUUUGAAAGUGACUCAAUUGAAUAAAAUUAAUAAUGAAAGAUUUCAAACCACCCAAAUGAGUAAAUUGAUAAAUAUUAUAAAUUAUAAUAAAUGA